GCCCCAGGCUAAAAUCGCGCUGCCGCCUGCCCGCACUCCACUGCGAUCCCUACAGCCACCUUUUCCAAUCGACCGGCGUCAGCGUUGCCCUCGCUCACCCUCCGCCUGCAGACAGCCAGCGCCUGGUCUCUCGUGUUCUCCUGCGGUCCGGACACAUAGUAUGAACUUUAGGUGUUUGGUCUCCGAGCCGUUUUCUAUGGAAAACCAAGGAGAGCAAGCCAUGAUAGCCACUGGCAACUUUGAAGAACGAGACGCCUUUAGAGAAGCUUGAUCUUGAAGGCCUCAGCCUGAGACCUUGCAAAGCCAGAUUCCGGCAGAGUUCCUCUGUCUCGUCUUCCUGAUUGAAGGUGGUACACCUUUCUCUACUUUUUCUCCAUCCCCUGAGAGGUAGAAGAAAAUCAGAAUCAUGGUUGGAUUCAAGGCCACAGAUAUGCCCCCUACUGCCACUGUGAAGUUCCUGGGGGCUGGCACAGCCGCCUGCAUUGCAGAUCUCAUCACCUUUCCUCUGGACACUGCUAAAGUCCGGCUGCAGAUCCAAGGAGAAAGUCAGGGGUCAGUGCGCACUGCAGCCAGUGCCCAGUACCGCGGCGUGCUGGGCACCAUCCUGACCAUGGUGCGCACCGAGGGCCCUCGCAGCCUCUACAAUGGGCUGGCUGCCGGCCUGCAACGCCAGAUGAGCUUCGCAUCUGUCCGCAUCGGCCUCUAUGACUCUGUCAAGCAGUUCUACACCAAGGGAUCCGAGCAUGCCAGCGUUGGGAGUCGCCUUCUGGCAGGCAGCACCACAGGUGCCCUGGCUGUCGCUGUGGCCCAGCCCACAGAUGUAGUUAAGGUCCGAUUCCAAGCUCAGGCCCGAGCUGGAGGUGGUCGGAGAUACCAGAGCACAGUGGAUGCCUACAAGACCAUCGCCCGAGAGGAAGGGUUUCGGGGACUCUGGAAAGGGACCUCUCCCAAUGUUGCUCGCAAUGCCAUUGUCAACUGUGCUGAGCUGGUGACCUAUGACCUCAUCAAGGACGCUCUCCUGAAGGCCAACCUCAUGACAGAUGACCUCCCUUGUCACUUCACUUCCGCCUUUGGGGCGGGCUUCUGUACCACCAUCGUUGCCUCCCCUGUCGAUGUGGUCAAGACGAGAUACAUGAACUCUGCCUUGGGCCAGUACAGCAGCGCAGGCCACUGUGCCCUUACCAUGCUCCGGAAGGAGGGGCCCCAAGCCUUCUACAAAGGGUUUAUGCCCUCUUUUCUCCGCUUGGGGUCCUGGAACGUGGUGAUGUUUGUCACCUAUGAGCAGUUGAAACGGGGCCUCAUGGCUGCCUGCACAUCCUGAGAGGCUCCCUUAUGAGCCCCUCCUGCCGCCUACCUGAGCACCUCUGGCCUUAGCUUCACCUCCAGCCAGUGUUUCCCUUUCCCUCUUUCCCCUUCCUUCUUCCUACUACCUCCCUGUUCUCCCUACAUUUCUAUCCCCCCCCUUCUCCCUAUUGGCUCAGUGCUGGUAGAGCAGACCCUGUCUGACCCAGUCAGAACCUCAAACCCUCUGUCCCUUGAAAAGUUCAGACCAAAUCAUCCUGACCCCCAGCCCAGCCCAGCCAGCCUGUCACCCAUAAAGCAAGCUCAAUCA